GCUUUAUAACAAAAAGCACUUCAAUAAAGUGAAAGGAAACCCUCUUGAGAAUAAAAAAGAAUGGCAAGCUCUCUAUGUUUCACUUCUGUUUGCUCCUUCAACACUCCCAAUAAACCAGAGAUAAUUAUUGAUAAUUCCUUUCCAAGGAAGGUUCUUCGGGUAAAUGAAGUGUUUCAGAGCUCCAGGAGUGCCAGAAUUCAAUCUUUAAAGACUAAGGCUGCAGAUAAAAAUCAAAGUACUAAACCAAAUAGCAUUGUCUGUGCUGAUUGUGAUGGAAAUGUUUCCAUAUCCAAACUACCAGGUGUCAAACAGUGUUCUCAAUGCAAAGGUACUGGAGUUAAUACUGUUGAUCGCUACUAUGGACAAUUGAAAGCUGGUGGGCUGUGUUGGCUUUGCAGGAACGUGGGUAGCAGAGACGAGGCAGUCCAGUGGGUCAACUGUAGUGGUACCAUCCACAGUUAAAAUUGUGAGGCCUAAACUCAGCUUCAGCUAGGCUCAUAGAAACAGGGACCAUGUUUUUUCACUUUGAUAAAUGUAAAUAGGCAGCUAAAAAAUGGUGUCAUAAUCCAUGAAUGGGAAAAUCAAAUGCAGAAUAAGAAAUAGUUUCAGAAAGAAGAGGAAAGAACAAGAAAUAGCCAAAAAUAGUAAUAAGCAGUAAUGCGCGCCAGGUAGGGGUCGAACCUACGACUUUCUGCUUAGGAAACAGACGCUCUAUCCACUGAGCUACAGGCGCAGUUAGUCAGGAGUCUUAAAUCUCUUAUACCUCAUCUAUGAACUAUCGUAAAACCAUCGAAUGCAAUAACUCAUCAUCACCAUAGCUAUCAAUUACUGUAGUGGUAUUGACUUUGAAUCCAUAUGAACCACCUGAGAUUUGAGAACACAACCAUAAUAUUCUACUACUUCCGAGGGUUAUGUCAGAGCAUAAA